UCGCUGGCUGCCUGAGCAGGUAGCCGGGCUCUCCCUGCAGCUCGGGGGUGUUUGCAAGCAGGGCUCUGAUUCCCCAUCCAUGUAGCGGGGGAGUUUUUACUGAUACCCUGUGUGGGGGCGGUUUCCUACUGAUGCUGCCUUUCUGUCUUCAGCGGGAGAGCUGCGUCUCCGAGGCGUCCCCGUGUGCUUCGCCCCGUGCAGCGCGUGCAGAGGGCACUGGGCACGGGGGGGCAGAGGCUAGGGCACGUCUGAUCACCACUCUGUCUGCCUUGGCUCGGUUUGUAAGCUCACGGGGGCAAGCGCUGCUGUGUGCUCAGUCCUCCGGGCGGAGGGGGCGGAUUCGGACCCCGUGGCGAGCGACACUGGAUCUUUGGUGGCGGCAUUCGUGGGAGCUCCGUCCUCAGCUCUGUCUGGACGUCCAGUGAAUUCUGCGAUGGCAAACGGCUUCUUUUCUCCCACAGACGCUCACUGCGCCCGCAGCGCGUCCUGCAGCUGGCAGCGCUACCCUGGUUCCUUGUCCUGCCCUGCAGAGGUGGCCGGGAGCUGGGGCACCAACAUGAACGACGUGUCAGUCGUCAAAGAGGGCUGGCUGCACAAGAGAGGGGAGUACAUUAAAACAUGGAGACCCAGGUACUUCCUUCUGAAAAGCGACGGCUCUUUCAUUGGCUACAAGGAGCGGCCCGAGACAUCCGAUCACAGCUUGCCACCUCUGAACAACUUCUCGGUCGCAGAAUGCCAGCUGAUGAAGACAGAGCGGCCCCGGCCGAACACGUUCGUCAUUCGGUGCUUGCAGUGGACGACUGUCAUCGAAAGAACCUUUCACGUGGACUCUCCCGACGAACGGGAGGAGUGGAUGCACGCCAUUCAGACCGUCGCCAACAGCUUAAAGAACCAGGAGCCCGAAGAAGACACGAUGGAUUACAAGUGCGGCUCCCCCACCGACACCACCGGGGCUGAGGAGAUGGAAGUGGCCGUGACCAAGCCCCGGGCGAAAGCAACCAUGAACGAUUUUGACUACCUGAAACUCUUGGGGAAAGGCACCUUCGGCAAAGUGAUCCUGGUGCGGGAAAAGGCCACUGGGCGCUAUUACGCCAUGAAGAUCCUGCGGAAAGAAGUCAUCAUCGCAAAGGACGAGGUGGCACACACGGUUACAGAGAGCAGAGUGCUGCAGAACAGCAGGCAUCCCUUUCUGACGGCGCUGAAAUACGCCUUUCAGACCAACGACCGGCUGUGCUUCGUGAUGGAGUACGCCAACGGCGGAGAGCUGUUUUUCCACCUUUCGAGAGAGCGCGUGUUCACGGAGGAGCGGGCCCGUUUCUAUGGUGCUGAGAUUGUGUCGGCGCUGGAGUACCUGCACUCCAGGGACGUGGUCUACAGGGACAUCAAGCUGGAGAACCUGAUGCUGGAUAAAGACGGCCACAUAAAGAUCACGGACUUCGGGCUUUGUAAGGAAGGCAUCACGGACGGCGCCACCAUGAAAACCUUUUGUGGGACGCCGGAGUACCUGGCCCCGGAGGUGCUGGAGGACAACGACUAUGGGCGGGCUGUGGACUGGUGGGGGCUGGGCGUCGUCAUGUACGAGAUGAUGUGUGGCCGCCUCCCCUUCUACAACCAGGACCACGAGCGGCUCUUCGAGCUGAUCCUCAUGGAGGAGAUCCGCUUCCCCCGCACCCUCAGCCCCGAGGCCAAGGCCCUGCUGGCCGGGCUGCUCAAGAAGGACCCCAAGCAGAGGCUAGGCGGAGGGCCGACCGACGCCAAGGAGGUGAUGGAGCACCGCUUCUUCACGGCCAUCAACUGGCAAGACGUGGUUCAGAAGAAGCUCGUCCCACCAUUUAAGCCCCAAGUGACAUCUGAGAUCGACACGCGAUAUUUUGACGACGAGUUCACGGCGCAGUCGAUCACCAUCACGCCUCCUGACCGAUAUGACAGCAUGGACUCCCUGGAGGCCGAUCAGCGGACGCACUUCCCCCAGUUCUCCUACUCCGCCAGCAUCCGAGAAUAGGCGGCGGCCGGCAGAGACUUGGGCUCCGAGCACAGGAGACCUGGUUGGUUUUGUUCCUGGGAUUUCUCUCCAGCAAUCUGGUCACACACUAGCCCGGCCCCCCGGCGGUGCAGGGGCAGCCCCAGCUGUUUGAAACUCCGCCAGUUUGGCAUCGCACGGCCGGGCGGGGAGCCGCCUGGAAAGGAAGGAAGUGCUCUUGCUCCGUGGCUCUGAGCAGCUCCGAGCCCUGCCUGGUUCAGUCCCAUGGGGUUGCUUUUAUUUUAAACUCCUCGAAGUGCUUACAGCUUUUAAAGACACCCCACCCCACGAGAGAGCCCCUCUCGCAGCCUUCCUCCAGCGCCGAGGGCCCCUCGCGCCCUGCGGGCCAUAACCUACAACCCAGCCCCGGAGAGAGGUUCGUGGAGAGGAAUCCUGUGGAAUCGAAACUGACUUGCAUUUGCCCGUUCUGUCCAGAGAUUUCUGUUGGUUCCGGAGAGCGCCGCUGAGUGGCCGUGACGUGACUCGGCCGCUCCGCUGGGACGCACGGUAACCCUCCGAGCAGGCCGAGAGCCCGGCGGGCUGCUGUUCACUUCAUUGCUCCGUUAGCUCGGCUCCGGUGCACGAGGGACGCUGGCUCGCCAGCCCCAGGGUUGGGUUCAUGGUUCCUGUUUUCUCUUCUGCCUGUUACAUCUUGACAGCCCUUCCUCGCACCUGCUGGGCAAGGGGCACCACCAGAGCCGCGUGGAUCUCGGCGGGAGGGACGGGGAGUCUGCUGGGCACCUGGAGACUCAGCAGGGCUCCCACAGCACAAUAGCACUAAGGAAGAAGCCGGCUCUUUCCACGGGAAGUGACGUGUCAGGACGGGCGGGGUUCUCGCCGGGGAAAGCCGGCCCCAGCCCCCGGCGGUACCUGUGUACAACGCGCACAGUUGUAAAAGCAAUAACAUUUUUUCUUCAAAGCUGCCUUAAAGCCAGACGUCGGCGCGCUCGGCGCUGCGGUCAGUUCACGCCCGGCGUGCGGCAGGAUUUUAUACAGAACAACUGGGCGGCUACUAAACGCUGCAGCGCUUGGCUCCUUCCGCAACUCCUGUGAGCCUCUCGCUCGCCAGCGCAGCCCCCAGACUUUGGGCUAAGCUUUUCCCACAGCGCGCGCCAAAGGCCCCGUUUCCCCAGCAGGACGCACCCUGCCCUGUCACUGACGCUGCCGAGGGCUGGGGAGCGCCACCCCGUCCCACCCAGCGCCAGUGGCUGGGCAGAGUGCAUCGGGCGCCGGAGACCGUUCCGAGUCGCGGGAGCUGAGCGCUUUCCCCAUUGUCACUAGGCUGCCGGCCCCUGGACCCCGCGGGUCAGACUCAAACGCUCCAAAACCAUCUGCAGCUUUGAGGGGCGGGGGGAGCAGCUGCCUUCUGCUCCUCCUGGCGUCCCAGAGCCCAGCGUGUCUCUGAGCUACGCCUGGGCCGUAAAUCGCAGCGAGCCGGCCGCCGUUCUGCCUGGGGUGCAGGUUCCAGCCCCGUUGUGCGGGUGAGGCGCCCUCAGGGCGCGUGGCGGGGGACCCAGACGCCGGGGCUUGCUGCAGCUGCUCGGACAGAGAACCUGGCCCACCCAGUUUUUCAGUCAGACCCGUUGUGAUGGGAUAUUCUCGCCUGCUCUGGUGCCUGAGCCAAGCUGCGUCCCUGGCAUGCGGGGUCUUUUUCCCCAAGAUUUUCACUUCGGUCAGCCAGUUCGCCGUUAAUUCCGGGGGUUGGUUCCCCACGGUGCGGUUCCCUUGCAGGCAACGGACGCACUGGGGAACGGCUGACGCCCAAGACGCCGCGUGGUUUGGGAAAUAGCCGAUUAGGUCUGAUCUGAGGGAUGGGGGGCCAGGGGUGUCGGGUACUCGGCUCUCCCUGCUGUGCAGUCAGGCCCCGGGAUUGCCGCGUCGGGGGUGGGCAUACCUGCCAGCUCUAACUUUUUAAUCUCUUGAGUAUUUCUGCUGCCUUUACCUGUGUCAGAGCCGGCGCCGAUCUGCGUCCCGGUCCUCUCCAGCUGCUCCUCGCCGAAGUCUCUGAAUUUCUCAGGGGGGGCGAGAGCCUCGUCCCAAGUGCCGGAGCCAGCCGUGCAGCCUGGCUGCGAUUUGGGAGAAAGACUUGCCGCUGCUCGGCUGCCCCCCUGGAAAGGCGCCCGCGUUUCUGAGCUGCAGGGCUGGGCCCCCUGUUUGCUGCAGGAUCUGGGGCUACUCAGCGAGGGGGUCCGCAGGGCUCAUACGCUGCAACGUCCCCUUAACCCUCCAUCCCCAGAUAGGGCUCCAGCGUUGCUCGCACGCGGGUAGUUGGGCUGAAUUUGAGGCUCAGGCACUUGACACUCGGAGCCUUGUGCAGCGUCAGCCUGGGGAGGGGACGGGGGGUGGUUCUCGUGCCCUGUCCCAGCCGGUGACGCGCCCCUGGCAAUACUGGCACAGGGGCUGGGGCAGGUUCCCCCUGCUCGUUCAGAGCACGCCAGAGAAUCUCGGCAGCGCCGGUCUGUCUCCUCCCGCAGCCCAGAGCUCUGGCGGGGGCCUGCGGAACGGCAGGUGCCUCCGAGCUGCCGGAGCCCCUGGCUGGAGUUCAUCUGGGAACGGCCCUGCAUGGGGGGCCCCAGGCUGAACUCAGGAGCCGGUUUUGUGCCCUGUCUCCCCCCUGCGCAGCUGGGCCUGGGGAGGGGGGCCCCCGCCAGGCGCGGGGCUGCCCCCAGGGUCUCAGCAGCAGGUUUAUCCCCAUUGUUCCCCCAGGGUAACACAGCUGGGGAGGAAACCCCUGUUUCCCAGUCCGGUGCCUUCAACCUCCCUGGGCUUCCCCAAGCUCGGCGUCAGGCCUGUGCGCGAGCAGCCGAGGCCAGUUCUGAAUGCGCAGAACUCAGCUGGCAGCUUCGGCGUCCGGGGAGCAGCGCGUCACCCCCGUGCCUGGUCUGCUGGGCCAGCCCCAGGCCGAGCGCGCACAGACCGCCGGCUGCUGGGCGGGCGGCGCUGGCUGCUGGGCGGGCGGCGCUGCCCGGGGUGGAGAAGCAUUUGCAGAUGCUGUCAAAGUGCUUCAUUGCUUGGCCUGUGUAUUUCACGCUGCAUGUGUCAGGGAGCCAGGUGGGACCUUAGCAAAGCUUUAAUUUAAAACCCAUGUGGCCGCCUGGGUUGCUUGUCUCUGGCCAG